AUGACAUCCAUAAAUUCCGAAUAUUUAUUACAAGAAUUAUCUACAGAUUUACACACGCAUUUGAAGUCAAGUAAUGAUUAUGAUGUUCUUAUUCAAGUUGGUCAAGGUCUUCGUUUAAGAAAUUUUAAAGUUCACUCAGUUAUUCUAAGAGCGAGAUCCCUUUAUUUUCGAAGUAUUCAAUUAAGUCAAUAUUUUGCAUCAGAUAUUCUUGACUUAAUUGUUACUGCCAACGAAUUUUGUCUUCCAACUUUAAUUUCAUGCGUUCAAGAUCAUUUAAUAAAAAAUGAAUCCACUUGGUUACAUCAGAAUCUUGUCAAAACUCUUCAUAUCGAUAUCAAACAAUAUACAAAUCAAGAUUUCUCUGAUCUAAAAAAUACUCUUGAAAAAUGUAUUCCAUUAAUUCGUUUUUAUCAAAUUUCUGCUAAAGAUUUUUACAAAAAAAUUCGAUCUCCCUUUAAAAAAAUCUUAUCCGAAGAUCUUAAUGAAAACAUUUUACAAUAUCACAUGGAUCCGGAAAGUAUUGGUACCAAUUUAAUGUUACCAAGAGGAAUUCAUUGUUCUCCUUUACAAUUAUUUUCUUCACCUUCAUCAAUUUCAGAAACAUCCGAUAGUUUCUUAUUCACAUUUAAUUUCACCUCAUCUCCUUUAAAUUCCUCUAAAUUAAGUAGAAUUGAACCUUGUUAUGUAAAUAGAGCUAUUUAUCUAUCAAAUUAUAAUGGUCCUUGUUUUGGUGAAAGUGAUUUACAUAUGUUAAAUGAUGAAAGAAGUUGGAAAUGCGAAAUUGGUUCUUAUAAAGAAAGUAUUUUUAACGAUAGUGAAUUUUUGGCUGAAGAUUAUGAAGUUUUUCAAGUAGUUUAUGAAAUUUCUACAAAUCUAUCAACUUCAUUUGUCAAUGAUUAA